AUGUCUACCUUCAGUGGCGAUGAAACCGCUCCUUUCUUCGGCUUCCUUGGCGCUGCCGCUGCCCUCGUCUUCUCCUGUAUGGGAGCUGCGUAUGGAACAGCUAAGAGUGGUGUGGGAGUGGCGUCUAUGGGUGUGAUGAGGCCAGAGUUGGUGAUGAAGUCUAUUGUCCCAGUUGUUAUGGCUGGUGUUUUGGGUAUCUAUGGUUUGAUUAUUGCUGUUAUCAUCAGUACUGGGAUUAACCCCAAGGCUAAAUCUUACUACCUCUUUGAUGGAUAUGCACAUCUUUCUUCUGGUCUUGCUUGUGGUCUUGCUGGUCUUUCUGCUGGAAUGGCCAUUGGUAUUGUUGGUGAUGCUGGUGUCAGGGCCAAUGCUCAGCAGCCAAAGCUUUUCGUUGGUAUGAUUCUUAUCCUCAUUUUCGCUGAAGCUCUUGCUCUAUACGGUCUCAUCGUUGGUAUCAUCUUGUCCUCCCGAGCUGGUCAGUCCAGAGCCGAAUGAGGAAGAUGUUGUCUUCUUCUGCGUGAUUCUUUCUUUUGCUUUUUUUGUCCGGUCUCUUCUUCAUCAGAGCCGGGAUUUUCUUAUAUUAUUAUUUAUCAGGUUAGUAGAGGCAACACUGCAUGUGGUUUUGCUACGUGUAGACAAAAACAACACCUCAUCAAACUGUUGUUCGUUUUCACUCCUCUGUUAUGUUUCUGUAAUAUUUGACUGUGACGGGUUCUUCUAUGUAUGUUUUUAUCACUCCAAUAAAUCACAGAAAACUCGAU